CGCCAACGCGCUGCAUUGUGGGGGACUGAUAACGGAAGUUGUUGUGUCCUGAACAAGUUGGGGGGCUGUGUUAUUUGGCAGUGGGAAAGAGGGGCGCUGUGUUUUGUUUUUUAGAUUUGAACUCAGGUUGAAAUUACACCUGUCGCUGGUGCGGAUGCGGGGCGAAGAGUCUUCAGAUUCGGAGUCGAGCAGGAUGGAGGAGAGCUCGGUGCGGAGGAGUUUGGAGACGUUGUGUCAGGAGCUGAACAUGGACGAACAGACGGCCACAGAAGCCAUGGACAACUUUACUGCCAUAUGGAAUACAUAUACUCUGGAGGGAGAUGUUGUACACUGGCUGGCAUGUUCACUGUAUGCAGCCUGCAGGAAGGGGUCCACUCCCACAGUGGGCAAAGGGCUGAUGGAAGGAAACUGUGUCUCACUGACCAGGAUUCUUCGCUCCUCGAAACUCAGUCUGAUCCAGUUCUUCUCCAAGAUGAGGAAGUGGGCCGACAUGUCCAAGCUCUCACAGGACUUCAGGCUCCGAAUGGAGCGCCUGGAACGCAACUUUGAGGUCUCCACGGUGAUUUUCCGCAAGUUUGAACCCAUCUUCAUGGACAUGUUUCAAAAUCCGCAGGGAACCGACCCGCCACGGCAACCACGCAGCAGGAAGCACAGGCGGUUGCCCUGUCACAUCAGUGAUGUCUUCAAGUUCUGCUGGACUCUGUUUGUCUACACUAAAGGAAACUUCCGUAUGAUCGGUGAUGACCUGGUGAACUCGUACCACCUGCUUCUCUGCUGUCUGGACUUGGUGUUUGGAAAUGCUCUCCUCUGUGCCAACAGGAAAGACCUCAUCAACCCGACGUUCAGAGGUCUGCCUGCUGCGUACCGCGCUGACGGCCAUAUUUCCUCUGAUGAGCCUCCUCCAUGCGUGUUGGAGAGAUUGUGCGAGCUCCACGACGGGCUGGUGGUGGAGGCGAAAGGCAUCAAGCAGCACUACUUCAAACCUUACAUACAGAAGCUGUUUCAGAAACAGAUCCUGAAAGGCCACGACGAGCUUUUGACUGAACUCUUGGAUCCUCAGAACUUCAUCGAUAACAAUAAAGCCAUAAACAGGGAGUAUGAGGAGUAUGUGCUGACGGUGGGAGACUUCGAUGAGCGAGUGUUUCUGGGAGCCGAUGCCGACGAGGAGAUCGGAACUCCAAGGAAGAUCGUUCAGGAACCACCUGCCAGCCAACAGCUGCAGCAACAUGUGGAGAAGUCUGCCUCUCUCGCCCCCUCCACCCCUCUGACCGGACGAGUGUACCUGAAGGAGAAGGACCUGCUUGUCACUCCCGUCUCCUCGGCGACACAGAGUGUCAGCAGGCUGCAGAGCAUGGUGGCCGGUUUAAGGACGGCCCCCAGUGACCAUCUGAUGCAGAUCUUCAAGUCCUGCUCCAGAGAUCCCACAGAGUCCAUACUGACCCGAGUGAAGACACUGGGACAAACCUUCAAAGGACAUUACACCAACGACUCGGAGGACACGCCUGGCUCUCAUAUAGACUUUGCAGAGAACCGUUUAAAGCUGGCUGAGAUCCUCUACUACAAGAUCCUGGAGAACGUCAUGGUCCAGGAGACCAAACGGCUGCCUGGCAGAGACAUGAGCGUUUUGCUGGAGCAGGAUAUCUUCCACUGUUCCCUGAUGGCGUGCUGUCUGGAGGUGGUGUUGUUCGCCUACAGCUCCCAGAGGACCUUUCCCUGGAUCAUCAGUGUCUUCAAGCUGGCUCCUUUCUACUUCUUUAAGGUGAUCGAGGUGUUUAUCCGCUCAGAGGAGGGCCUGUCCAGAGACAUGGUGAAACAUCUGAACUCCAUCGAGGAGCAGGUUCUGGAGAGCAGGGCGUGGACCGCAGACUCUGCCCUGUGGAGAGCCUUGCAGGCUGCAGGGAACAAGGUUCCCACAGUGGAGGAGGUGAAUUUUUCCUCCAGUCUUGACACAGGUUCUGCUUCUGCUUCUGGGUCUUGUUCUGUCAGUGGAGGUCAGUCCCACCUGCCCAUGGUGGCCCUCUCACCCAUCAUCCAUCCCCGCAUCAGGGAGUUCAGGUCCGGCCUGGGAAGCGCCCGUAAAGAUGUGCCUCCUUCUCCACUGACCGUACACGACAGGUACAGCUCUCCUGCAGCUGGCAGCGCGAAACGGCGUCUCUUCGGUGACGACCCUCCAGCUCCGUCGCCGGGCCUGAACGCCGGCUUAAGCCCAAUGUCCUCUCCAGCAAAGAGGCUGACCUUUGGCGCAAGCAGCACCCUGAAGAUCGGAGGACAGGGGACACAGACCACUGUCCUGAGUAUCCCACUGCCAGGUACAAAUAACACUGACCGCACCAUCACACUGAUCCCGGUCCAGCCGUGUGAUUCCUCUGCUCCCGUCACGGCUCAGUUCCUGCUGACCGCCUCACCGAGCCGGCCCACCGCCGUUGCCACGACCUCUGAUACCCAAGCAGGAAAUGGACGACCAAGACGCACCGGAUCACUCGCACUCUUCUUCAGGAAGGUGUAUCACCUGGCUAGCGUACGUCUGAGGGAUUUGUGUGUGAAGCUGGACAUCUCGUCGGAUCUGCGAGGGAAAAUCUGGACGUGUUUCGAGCACUCUCUGGUCCACUGUACCGAUUUGAUGAAGGACCGGCACCUCGACCAGCUGCUGCUGUGCAGCAUUUACAUCAUUUCCAAAAUCACCAAAGAGACUCACACCUUCCAGGACAUCAUGAAGUGUUACCGCAGCCAGCCGCAGGCCAACAGCCAUGUGUACCGCAGCGUCUUACUGCGUCGCACUCCCAGAGAGCAGGUGGCUGAUGAAAACAUGGAGGUGGAUCCUGUUUCGGGUGGAGAAUCUGCAGAGAAAACCAAUCAGCACUCGGGAGACUUAAACUGCAGCCAAUCAGGAGGGGAGGAGGAGCGUGGUGACCUCAUCCAGUUUUACAACACUGUGUACGUCCUGAAGAUGAAGAGCUUUGCUCUGCGAUACGCCACCAGCGAUAACCGGGCGGACGCUCCUCCCCUCUCUCCGUUUCCGUCGGUCCGGGCUCAGCCUCUGUCUCCUCGCCGGAUCUCUCAGAGACACUCGCUCUACGUCUCCCCUCACAAGAACUCAGCAGGCUGUCUCACGCCAAACUCCUACACCUACAGGAUAAACAGCAGCCCGUCUAAGGAGCUGUCAGACAUCAACCGGAUGAUCCGGCAGGGCUGCGUAAGCAGGAAGAGAGCCUUCAACAUGGAGGGGGACGUCAUGAUGUCGUCGGCAUGCGACUCCCCGAGUAAGAGGGCGUGUCCAGAGAACGGCAGCAGCCCAGAUGUGCUGCUGAAGCGCCUCCAGGAUGUCGUGUCGGAGCGGCAGAGUCACUGAUGGGCCGAAAGACUGACAGAAACUCAAACCUGAAACUCUGCCAGGAAAGUAAUGAAGCAUUAACAUUAACAGCUCCUCAGGUUCAAAAAGAAAACUCCAGCUACACAGAGACAUGUUUGAUUUCAGGAAACUUAAAGCUAAGGUGCCUUUUUUAUGUCUCACAUUUGAUUUUAAUCCGAGGGCAAAAGACACCGAACGCACAGCGGUAAUGAUGCUUUUCUUGUUUUAUCCACAGCAAGUUGUAGUUCUGCUUCCUGUCUGUCAAUCACAUUGUUUGAUCCACAUGAUGAAACAAAACGCACUGAAGAGGGGAAACGCUCACUGAGAUAUGCAUUACGUCCUUGCACAGAGGUGUUUGUUUUAUACAUGUUCAAUCCUCGGUGUGACUCAUGUUCAGCGCCUUUCAGUUUUAAUCCCGCCCCCGUUUAAUUUAAUCAACCAGUCCCCUUGAAACAGAGGUCCCGUUUUUGAUCUUUGAACUUUUAAUCGUGCUGUUGCCUCCUCUCAGACUUACUGCCAGUUUGUCCUAGUGGCCACCUGUGGUAUUGCAACUGAAAUUCCACAGGAAAAGGGUUUUUGCUUUCCCCCAAACCUCUGCUAAAAAAAACAAAAGAUGUGUAAUGAGGCCGGUUUUAAUUGUUCUGGUUUUAAAUUUUAUUCAUGGAGGGAUUCAUGUUUCUAAAGUCUUCCUAGCAGCUGAAAAAUCUGCGUUAUUCUGUGUUAAAAUCUGUGUUAUUAUACUAAACGGCAACGUUUUUUCAGCUCUUUGACCUUCCAAAGAAACAGAUGCUAAAUCAAAGCACCGAUUAUAUAUUUCUUUUUUUUCUUUUUCUUUUUUUUUUUGGUAAACAGAUUUUACUGUUUGAGAAACAUGUUUGAUUAGAUAACAAUAAAUAAUCCUUCCUCUAAUCUGGCUUUUUGUUUAAAUCGGUGUCCUGGCAUUAUAAUAAGCUAAUGUUGGUUUAUGUCAGGAAGGAUAAACACCUUUUAUAAUACUAUUAUGAAAGGUGCAUUAUGAAAGCUGUGCUAGAAGUCUUAUUAUGACAUAUAAAAGAUGUUGACAGUUGGCUCGUCAGCUGUGAUCAUCCCAAAUUACCCGAUCGAGCGUUAAAGAGUUAAAUAUGUAGCUGGAUUGUGGCUACAUAAAGAUGCUGACCUGCACUGUGUUGUUCAUAUAACUGCUGAUUUGUGUGCAGAUUCCUAAAAGAUAAAGUUAGAAGACUAUCGUGGACUCCAGCUAUUCAGACUGACUCAUCUGCAGCUUUCAUGUAAAGUCUUUGACAGGAGGAUAAACUGGAUUAAAUGAUGGAGAAGUCCCACUUUUAUAUUUAACAUCAAAACAGAGCAGAAAAUAAUCAGCUAUGAUUCUAAAAUUUGGUAAACCUAAUCAAGCGUUUGUAACUGCUUGAAAAUCAGUUGAAAAUUCAGUGACUUCUGAUGAUUUUUAAUUAUGCAUAGGUCUCUUCCUCCACAGACGUAAAGCAUUAGAAGCCCAGAGCCUCCUGAACAAUAUGGUGGCCUUGUUCUUGCAUUGCUUCACUCAGUAACAGCGAUCAGUGUAGCAUCUGUGUCAAUGGACUCUGUAAGCUAAGCGGUAACAUGUCAUUCUCAGGCGAGCGUGAGGCAUCUCCUCAGUAUAUCCAUGGAGUCGUUCACAGUUGCAGUUUCCACCUACAAACAGACAAACUGUGGACUCUGCCUGUAAACUGAGCCGUAAGCUGAUGGUGAUCGUCUCAUUUUAUUACAGAUUCCAGCUGAGAGUCACAUGUAGCCAGCUUGAUGACAUGUCUGGGGUCAGACGUUGGUCUUUAAGCAGCUGUAGUAGCAGACUUUGGUUUUUCAGUGUGGCGACAGCUGUUGGUGUGUUUGUGACACAGCACUUUAAAACUCUCCUUUCAUACUGCAGGAAUUAAUUUCUUUUUAACAGACUCAAAGAA